AUGUCCGGAAAAAUUACCGGAGAGAUAUCUUCAAAGAGUGGCAGGUUUUUGUCGACGGUUGUUCCUGCAUCGCCUGGGUCUCCCGCGCGAACAGUAACAAAAGCUGCCACCACCACCAAUAUUGAAACUCCACGAAGAAGAAGAAUAAUGGAGUAUGGGGACAGAUAUAUUCCAAUAAGAACCCAUGAUAUCGUUUCAGAUUUUCAGAGGCUAACAGUUCCAAACACUCCACAAGGGAAAAAACGAAAGAUUGCUUCUUUGAUCGAGGAAGAAGCUCAGCAAGAAGAAGACGACCGUAUUUACCGAGCGGUUCUAGAAUCGACAAUGUUCCCCUACAAAGACACAAACGACGACAUCAUUCGUCGAAUAAACUCAGCAUCUAGUUCCCCUAAAGGACUGCUAACUUACCGAUCGCCAUCAAGAAAACAUCAUUGCAGCAUUGAUACGCCGUAUCGUGAUGCGUAUUCGGUGAGUCCGUUGACGUGGCAGGCCCAGCAACUUAUGACUAGUCCGCGGAAACCUCCACGAUACAUUAGCAAGUUUCCAUAUAAGGUUCUCGACGCCCCUGAACUUCAGGAUGACUUUUAUCUUAAUUUGGUCGAUUGGUCAUCAACAAAUGUUUUAGGUGUUGGUCUUGGAACGUGCGUGUAUCUCUGGAACGCUGUGACAUCUAAAGUUAUCAAGCUAUGUGAUUUAGGCGCAAAUCAAGGUGACAAUGUGACAUCAGUAAGCUGGAUGCCAACAGGUACUCAUAUUGCCGUCGGCACGAAUCACGGCCCGGUAGAAAUUUGGGAUAUCCAAAGAAACAAAAAAAUACGAAAAAUGUUGGGGCAUGACCAAAGAGUUGGUGCGUUGGCAUGGAAUGGAUAUGUUGUUAGUACAGGCAGUCGCGAUAGGAUUAUAUACAACCGAGAUGUACGGGUUGCUGAUGAUCAUACUGAAAAACUAACUGCACACAAACAAGAAGUUUGCGGAUUAAAAUGGAAUCCUGAAGGAACUCAAUUAGCUAGUGGCGGAAACGACAACAGACUUCUAGUUUGGGAACGCACUCAAACUGUUCCUCUUCACAAAUGGAAGCAUCACACGGCCGCGGUAAAAGCAAUUGCUUGGAGUCCUCAUUCACAUGGGAUUUUGUCUAGCGGUGGAGGAUCGCAAGAUAAGCAUAUCAGAUUUUGGAAUACUAUUACGGGUGAGGCGUUGGAUAGCCACGAUACUGAAUCUCAGGUGUGCAAUCUUGCCUGGUCAAAACACGCAAACGAACUUGUCUCCACUCACGGCUACUCUCAAAAUCAAAUCAUUCUAUGGUCCUACCCUUCAAUGGAACAACUAGCCGUGCUAAAAGGUCACACUCUUCGUGUACUAUAUCUCUCCGUGUCACCCGAUGGUCAAAACAUUGUAACAGGCGCCGGGGACGAAACCCUUCGAUUCUGGAAUGUAUUUAAUAAUGGAAAGAAAGAGAAAAAACGUGAAUCAAAAUUUGAUAUUCGUACACAAAUCCGCUGA